UUCUCCCUUCUCCCACGACCUCCAUGUCCGGUUCAGGCCUCUUUCGCCUGCAUUGUUCCUCAUCUUGUCUCGCCUCGGAAUCUGGAUUGUUGGAGUGACUUCCAAUUCUUCCGUUUUCUUUGUCGGAGUGAUUUGUGCUAGUGUGUUCGCCUGAUAUUAUCGAAAGAAUCCGGAUAUCAAUUGCCAUACCGAACACUUCCAGCUUUGUCUGAACUAGUAGCAGUGCAGUCAAUUUCGUGAGGUUUAUUCCUAUUUUCAUAGGGCCUGCAUUUUAAUUUAGGGUCGAAGGCAAGGGCGACAUUGAUGUGAUGCGGUGCUGUUGAUUUUGUUGCAUUUCCGUGUCUUUGGGAGUUGUUUGUAAAAUUUAUCAAAUUCGUGACAUAAUUGUCGUAACUUUGAAACCUUUGUCGCAUUGCUCGAAACAUUGGUCUAGCGCGAGACCAGUGCGAUUUUUUUGUUUGUUUGUUUGUUUGUUUGUUUUUUUUUUUUUUGGUAAUUGCAAACUCGAACUAAAUCCCGUUUAUGUAGUUUCUGAGGUUCGAGUUACGCCGAGUUUUCAUGUGUAAUCUUCUGACUCUCUUUGGGUCUUCCAAACAGUAGGAUUUGACAAUUUAUUUCUGGAGGUAGACGCCAUCCGGAAUUCUUCAUGCGGAGGGUCCUAACUCGCAACUGAAUUGAUUGCUUUCAUCUGUAUUGGGAAUCAUGUCGCAAUCACGGCUCCACACUCGCGAAACUUUGCUUUCUUUUCUUCAGGAGCAUGGAGUUGACUGUGUGACGCAUAACCAUCCCGCGGUUUCGAUAGUAGAGGAGCAGGCUAAUCAUGUUGGACAUCUGGAUGGAUGCGUCAGCAAAAAUCUAUUUUUAAAGGAUAAAAAGAAUCGAUUAUAUGUAGUCUCAACGUUGACCACCACUCAGGUCGAUUUAAAAGCACUUUCAGCACGGCUCGGGUUAGGCAAAGGUGGAGUACGUGUGGCUCCAGAGGAGUCCCUACAGUCUGUUCUUCAGGUGCCGCCCACUUGCGUGUCACCUUUCGCCCUUAUCAAUGAAUCUGCAAGGUCUGUAGCUUUGCUGCUGGAUGUUGGAUUUCAGAAGCAAUCACGGGUGUUUUUUCAUCCUUUGUCCAAUGACGUCAGCACAGCUGUUACAACUGAAAAUUUGGACAAAUUUUUGAAGGCAAUUGGCAGAGAACCUUCCUAUGUUGAUUUCGAGGCUGUAGUAGUCGUCGGCAAAGACCAACCUCCUGACUUAGCAUCACUGGUACCGAAGGAAGCCGCUAAGGAAACUGAAAGCCAACAAGGAACUACAGAAUUGAAAGUGACUGCUGUAGCGCCAGCUACGAAACAGGCCGCUGCUGCCCCACCAAAGAAAACCAAAGCCGUCGUGCCAAAGACGGAGGGCGUGGUGAGAGUGGAUGUAUGCAGUGUACUCGCCUCUGUUUUGGAUGAUGCUGUUGCUGCUGCUGUCGCCGGAAUUCAUUCUUCAACCUUGGAGAACGAGAAGAAGCAGGCCGUGGCUGAAGCAGUUGAUGCUGCUAUUAGGCAUAGGCUAGCUCCAGACCUGGAAAGCUUACUGAUGACGUUCAAGAACACAGUGUACGCUGAAGGCUUCAAGUCCGCAACAGAAAGCCAAAGACUUAGUUCUGCUCGGUAGCAUCCGAUCAGCUUUAUCUGCGAUGGCUUCAAGUCCAUCUUGUUUCAUUGCGACGCUCAUCUUCUGCAUGCACUCAAUCUUUUUACUUAUUUUUUUUUUGUUCCUCAGCUUUAUCCUGAUUGAAAGCCUAGAAUUCUCAUUGUUUGGUCAAAUAGAUGUACCAUACUUUGAGUACUUUCUUAUGAAGUUGUUUUCUUCCCUCAUCACUGCACCUGCUAUUGUUGACAGAAAAAAGAUGUGUUCUGAGUUACUCUUUGUUCAUGUGAUACAUGCUCGAGUAGAAUUCCGACAUUGAAGCACUAUGCUGCUAAAAUUAUUUUUCAUAUCAAUCCCAGAGUAUGUGCAUUUGUCUC